UGAUUGCGCCAUCAAUUCUCGGUUCCCAUAUUUCUAUAUCAAUUUAUCUGCAUCUCCCUUCCAUGUAUCUAUGGAACCAGUUAACUACACUUUGUUCAACUGCUCAAAAAACCCAACUGAAGAUUCUCUCCUUCUAUGAGAAAACUUGCUUGGACUUCAUCGAUGGCUUUAAUAUUAGAGCUGCUCCUUCUGAUGGCUGGGAAUAUUAUAACCUGUUAAAUUGCAGCAAGGUUGUUGACAUCUCAGUAAAACCGGCGGGACCAAUAAGUAGAGAGAAUCUUUACUUAGAAUGGUCCAAACCGAUGUGCGCCAGGUGUGAAGCCGAAGGCAAAGGUUGUAGAGUAAAGAAUAAUACAGAGGAUCAAACAGAGUGCUAUGACAUCCCCUACAAAGGCCAUCCUACAAAGCUAAAGCGAAUACUUGCAGGUGUAAUCCCAGCUUCAUUUGUUCUUGCACUAAUUGUUGUUGCCCUUUACAAGUUGUACUAUUUAGAAAAAACAAAGAAAGAGAAUCAACUCAAGGUUGAAGAGUUUUUGGAAGAUUAUAAAUCUCUUAAGCCCUCCAGAUACUCUUACGCUGAUAUUAAGAGAAUAACAAAUCAAUUCAAGGAGAAACUUGGAGAAGGAGGUUAUGGAACUGUGUUCAAAGGAAGACUUUCCAAUGAUGUUUUGGUAGCUGUUAAGGUCCUCAACAAUUUCAAAGGAAAUGGUGAAGAGUUCAUCAACGAAGUGGGCUCAAUGAGUCGAAUCCACCAUGUCAAUGUAGCUCGCUUGGUUGGAUUUUGCGCUGAUGGAUAUAAACGAGCUCUUGUUUACGAGUAUUUGCCCAAUGAGUCAUUGGAGAAGUUCAUAUUUUCUGCCAAGGGUGAGAGUCAUUUCCUUGGUUGGGAUAAGCUUCAAGACAUUGCUCUGGGCAUAGCCAAAGGGAUUGAAUACUUGCAUCAAGGUUGCGAGCAACGGAUCCUCCAUUUUGACAUCAAACCUCACAACAUUUUGUUAGACCAGAACUUCACCCCUAAGAUCUCUGACUUUGGUCUAGCUAAGUUGUGUUCCAAGGAGCUAAGUGCUGUUUCCAUGACAGCAGCCAGAGGAACCAUGGGCUACAUUGCACCUGAGGUAUUAUCUAGGAACUUUGGAAAUGUUUCAUAUAAAUCAGAUGUUUAUAGUUUUGGAAUGCUACUACUUGAAAUGGUUGGAGGGAGAAAAAACAUUGAUGUUACAGUGGAGAAUUUAAGUCAGGUGUACUUCCCAGAAUGGGUUUAUAAUCAUUUGGACGAAGGAGAAGAUUUAGGAAUAAGAAUUGAAGAUGAAAGGCAAUCCAUGAUAGCAAGAAAACUUUCAAUUGUUGGACUGUGGUGCAUUCAAUGGUUUCCAGUAGAUCGUCCUUCAAUGAAAGUUGUGAUUCAAAUGUUGGAAGGUGAGGCAGAUAGUCUCACUCUGCCGCCGAAUCCUUUUGCUUCCACAGAUUAUAUGGAGCUGGGUGGUUCCAAGUAUAAAAACCCUGUUGGUACAGAGCUAGCAAUUAUUGCCGAGUAGACAUAAUUCAGCUGGCAGCACUAAGUCUAGAAAAGAGUUAAAUAUAAAUGGCUGAUGAAGCAAACUAGACAGACGAACAUGCAUUCUAUCAUCACAAUUGUGAGUUCAUUCACUUAAAUAAAUUUGCUGUGUUUGUACUAAUCAUUGCUAAGGGCAAAUAAACACUUUCUAUGUCUUUUU